AUGACCAAAAAAACGAAGAGCAAGAAGAAAUCCGUAGCUCCGGCUCAACCAGACCGACAGAAGGACCCGGUGCCUCAAGUCCAAGGAGAGAAUCAGAAGGAGCUCCAGAAGCUUGUGCCGAACAUAACGCCGGCUCCUGCUCCUGAAAGCGUCCAGAAACCUAUCGAGAUCAGAGAAGUUGCGAAGCCAAAAGUACCGGAAGUGUCUAUCAUACCGAUCGGCGUGAAUAUCAUACCGGCGCCGGCACCAUCGGCAGAAAGUGCAGCUCCAGGUAAGAAGAAAAAGAAGAAGCGAAACAAAAAGAAGGGUGGCCAACAAGAAUCAGGAGAGUCCGAAUCUUCGCCAGCCGUGACUGUUAUACCCCUGAACAAAGACCCCGGCACGAUCCCUGCUCACCUUAACCCCGCUGUUGUUCUAGCUCGACAGAGUGAACCCACGGGUCCAAAGGUCAUCGAAGCGUCACCGGUCGUGACGCUCAUCGGAUCGAACAAGAAGGCUCAGGGACACGGCGCCCUCUACAGUCCUCCCCCGAGACCGCAAUUAGUUCAAACGCCGCAAGAGGAAGUCGUGCCCGACGACAAACUCCAGACCAUAUCCGGAGGGUUCAAGUUCCCUUCUUCCCUACAACCGGUUUUCGAGACGCCGGAGAGCGUAGCCGUGUCCACGGGCGUGGUAUUAGACACAGAGACGAGUGGAGUCCUGACCAUAGUCCCCGUUCGCCAAGACGGAGUCAAGAAAAGGAGAAAUAGAAAUAAGAUUCUGCCCCCUUGCUGCGAGCUUAGAGGUACCUCCGGACUCGAAGUCGUCUGUCCUCACUCGAAUAAACCGAUUCUGAAUUACAACACCGUCGUGAAUGAAGACAUUGAAAAAAAUCGACAACUCCAAGAGACUCAGGAAUCACUCCAGCGCAUCCACUAA